AUGUCACACCCAGACCAGCAAAAGUCUGGCCAGCCAUGGAGCGGACAGAAUAAGAUUCCAAACAUCAAAGAACUCGUCCAGCGUCUCGACAAGGACAAGGCCGCCCGAGAUCAGCAGAUCGACCAAGAGAUCUCAUCUAGCAAUCAACAAGACAAGGUCGUUGCUCAUCAGAAUGAGAAACGCACAGAGCAGGGCAAGACCGUCACAGAUCCUGUGACCGGCAACCAAGUGGUGAUCGCAGACGUCGGCAAGAAGUACAUGAAGAAUGUCGACAACCCACAACUAUCCGUGCCCAACGCCAAUCUUGGCCGAGAGACAACGGUCGCCACGUCCGCGUCACAGAAGAAUCCAGAGUACAAAGAAAAGCAGGACAUUACAGCGCCACCAGACCCAAUUGCUGAGGGCAGCACAUCAGACGUGCCUAUUCAUGGCGAGAAGACCAACAUCCUCUUCCACCCUACACCAUCGGUGAGCUAUGAGCCUAUGUUCAAGGCCCUCGAGCAACGGGCUGGAGGCCUGUGUGUUGCCAUUCUGGUUGCCAUCAUCAUAAUGGGCAAGAUGUUUGGUGGUGCUCUGAAAGGGCUGAUUCCUCUCGGAAUGUGCAUCUCAUCUGCAGUCUGGCUGUGGAUGAAGGAGGUGGUCAGGAGCGGGCGCGAAGUUGAGUGGAGCAGCGAGCAAAGUCGCGGAGAGACAGCCACAGCGAACCUCUUGCCGGAAUCUGUCGAGUGGAUGAACUCCCUGCUUAACGUCGUCUGGGGUCUGAUCAAUCCUGACAUGUUCGCAGGUGUGGCCGACACGCUCGAAGAUGUGAUGCAGGCUUCCGUUCCAAGAGUGAUCAACAACGUCAGAGUAGCCGAGAUCGACCAGGGCAGCAAUCCGCUCAGAAUUCUCAGCAUGCGAUCUUUGCCUGACAGUAAGGUCAAGGACUUGAAGAAGAGCAUACACGAAGAGAAUAAGAAGACGAAGGAUCCACAGGAAGCCGCUGCAGAUGAGGAAGGUGGCGAAUACUACAACCUCGAGGUUGCCUUUGCCUAUCAUGCAAAACCAACGGGUUCAAGCGUUGCAGGAAGGGCGCGCAACAUGCACAUGAAUCUGGUGUUCUACUUGGGCGUCAAGGGCCUGAUCGGAGUGCCCUUGCCUAUCUUCGUCGAGCUUCAAGAACUGGUUGGCACAGUUCGCCUUCGGUUGCAGAUGACGCCUGAGCCGCCUUAUGCGAAGUCUCUCACAUUUACCCUGAUGGGCGUGCCUCAUGUCCAGGCUGGAUGCAUCCCCAUGGUCAAACGCGGCGUCAAUAUCUUGAACCUCCCGCUCAUUUCGAAUUUUGUCAAUUACGCUGUUGCAGCAGCCGCGUCUCUAUACGUCGCACCGAAGUCCAUGCAGCUCGAUCUCAAGGCAAUGCUGCAAGGAGACGACAUCACCAAAGAGACCCAGGCAAUCGGUGUCAUGUGGGUAAGAAUCCAUCGUGCUGUCGGUCUCAGCAAACAGGAUCGACGUGGGUCCGAGGGAGGUGGCAGCGACCCGUACAUCAAUCUGUCGUUCUCGAAAUACGGCAAACCCAUGUACUGCACGCGUGUCAUCACAGAUGAUCUGAAUCCUUUGUGGGAAGAGACCGCUGCACUGCUGGUCACACCCGAAUUGAUCAAAGCCGAUGAGCAGCUGAGCGUUGAGCUCUGGGAUUCUGAUCGCAACACAGCCGACGACAUUGUCGGCAAGGUCGAGCUGUCAAUUCAGAAGAUGAUCCAGCAUCCAGGAAAAAUGUACCCGCAGGUUUCGAGGCUGAGUGGUAUGCAGGAAGGUACUGACAUGCCCGGUGAGCUCCAUUGGGAGGUCGGCUAUUUUGGCAAACCUCAAUUCCGCCCAGCACUGCGCACUGAUGGCAAGGAUGACAAGCUCCCUGCCUCACUCAAAGACGACCCGCAGUUCCAAGAGGACAAAGGCACGCUGGAUACGAGUACUGCGGAUGCUGUUGCUCAUACUCCUCCCGAUCCGCUUUGGCCGUCUGGCAUACUCAGCGUGAUUGUGCAUCAGAUUGUCAAUCUCGAGCUCGAGAACAUCAAGGGCAGUGAUGGCAACCGCAAAGGUAAGGAAUUCGAGCCCGCCAAACCAUACGGCGAGGCAACGGAGGAGGAAUCCAAGAAAUUGCCAACAUCUUACUGCACGAUUCUGGUCAAUGAUGGUCUUGUGUAUCGGACACGUGCAAAGGCUGUGAGCAGCAAACCCAUCUUCAACGCUGGUACAGAGCGAUUCAUCCGCGAUUGGCGUUCAGCAUUAGUCACAGUCACGGUUCGCGACCAGCGCAAUCGUGAACAUGACCCGAUUCUCGGAGUGGUGCCGCUGAAGGUGACUGACAUCUUGACCAAGAGCUCACAAGUCACUCGAUGGUACCCACUAGAUGGCGGCAUCGGCUUUGGACGCGUCCGUAUUUCGCUCCUCUUCCGCAGCGUCGAAACACGUCUGCCACCAAACAUGCUCGGAUGGGAAGUGGGUACGUUCGAGUUUUUGUCUGAUCGCAUCUUGGCGACUGGCUGGGCGAAGAACGCAAAGAUCAAGCUCCGUACGGGGGGCAGUACCGGCAAGAUACCUCGCACAGACUGCCACAAGACUGACGAAGGUGAUGGAGUGUACUGGGACAUCUCUGCAGCUUCCAACAAGCAGGUACGAAUGCCAGUCAAGCACCGUUAUCGAUCGCCAAUCGUCUUCGAGUUCCACGUCACUGGUAAGCGUGGCGCUGCAGCUUAUGCCACGAUAUGGCUACAGCACCUGGUGGACAAUGAGGAGACUCCUCUGGACAUUCCCAUUUGGACCACCAAGCUUGGCUCCCGUCUGGUGCAAAAUUACAUAACAGAACGAAACAUCACAGCGAAAGAGGUUCCUGGUCUUGAAGAUCUUCAAGAGGUCGGAAGACUGCAAUUCCGGGGACGAUUCAAGGCUGGGAUGGAUGAGGCACAUCGCGCCUUCGUGGUAGACAACGAUACUCGAGAGACCUACGAGUCGUGGGAGACUUGUCUCGGAGAAGGCGUGAGGCAACGCGUCGUUGAGGCUGAGGUGCCUGAGAGUGUGCAGGAGCUACACAACCGCUCAUUGACCCAAGGUCGUGACGUUCUCAAGGAGAUGGACCCGAGAGAACGUAAGCAGUGGCUGACGAGGAACGGCGAAGACUGGUCAGGUGCGUUCGGCGACAGUCCACGGGCCUAUACGAACUCCAAGCUCGAGAAGAUUGCCGAGCCGGGCAAAGAUGCACCUCCUCACGACCCCAUCAAUCCUUCCGAUGACGAUGAUCCGGACGAUCAGCCAGACAGCGAUUCGAGCUCUGAUCUUGGCGUGACUGAUGCAAGUAACGCGCCCACUGGCGGAUUCAAGAAUCGCAACGCUCGGCAGAGCAUUGGCAGCGGUGGUAGUAGCGAGAGGCUGCGACAGAGCAUGGACAGCGCCAAUACUGGGUACACGACCAUGACGACCGACUCUGCGGCAUCACCGGCCACUAAGCGCGAUGCGAAGUGGCAGGAGAAGGCGGACAAACGUGCAGAGAAGCGCAAGCACCGCGGACUGGCACAAUGGAUGCCGGCGCGGAAUGUGACAUUUGCAAAGGACGAAGGCAAGUUUGGUCUGAACAAGCUUAAGAAGCGGUUCACCGGCGGACUUGGAGGACGUGAGCCAGGCGUUGAGACGGAGGCUUGA